AUGAUGAUGACAGUGAUGGCUAUCACAGUGACGAUGAGGAGGACGAGGAUGAUGUGUAAGCGUUAUAAGGAGUGCGACAAUGAUUAUAAUGAUGAUAAUGACGGUGGCAACAAUGAUGAUGAGGACGAUGAGAACGAGGAAGAGAUUGAAGAUGAUGAUGAAGACAAUGACAAUGGUGAUGAGAAUGAGGAUGAUGAAGAAAAAUAUACAUCUUGUGAGAUAGAUGUAUUCUACCAAGAUUUUUAG